AAUGGCUUCGUGUUAGCGCGCCGCGGGCUCAGCUGCGACCCCGGCCCCGCCCCCGGGACCCCAGCCAUGGACGGUUGUGGGAUCUUGACUCAGUUUCCCUAGAAGGGAGAUUGGCUCCAUCGGGCCUUCCCUGGUAAGGAUGGACAGUGGGCUUUGCUGACAAUGUCUUCUUCCCUUUCAGACCUGUUUCCCCUCAUCUUCCCCUCAGAACCAGCCCAGGCUUCAGGCCCCUAUGUGGAGAUCAUCGAGCAGCCAAAGCAGCGGGGCAUGCGAUUCCGCUACAAGUGCGAGGGUCGCUCAGCAGGCAGUAUCCCAGGAGAGAGGAGUACAGAUACCACCAAGACACACCCCACCAUCAAGAUCAAUGGCUACACAGGACCAGGAACAGUUCGCAUCUCCCUGGUCACCAAGGACCCACCUCAUCGGCCUCACCCCCAUGAACUUGUUGGGAAGGACUGCCGGGAUGGCUUCUAUGAAGCUGAGCUCUGUCCAGACCGCUGCAUCCACAGCUUCCAGAACCUGGGGAUCCAAUGUGUGAAGAAGCGAGACCUGGAGCAAGCCAUCAGCCAGCGCAUCCAGACCAACAAUAACCCUUUCCAAGUCCCCAUAGAAGAGCAGCGUGGGGACUAUGACCUGAAUGCGGUGCGGCUCUGCUUCCAGGUGACAGUGUGUGACCCAUCAGGCAGGCCCCUCCGCCUGCCACCUGUCCUCUCUCAUCCUAUCUUUGAUAACCGCGCCCCCAACACCGCCGAGCUCAAGAUCUGCCGAGUGAACCGAAACUCUGGGAGCUGCCUCGGUGGAGAUGAGAUCUUCCUGCUGUGUGACAAGGUGCAGAAAGAGGACAUUGAAGUGUAUUUCACGGGACCCGGCUGGGAGGCCCGAGGCUCCUUUUCUCAAGCUGAUGUGCAUCGGCAAGUGGCCAUUGUGUUCCGGACCCCUCCCUACGCAGACCCCAGCCUGCAGGCUCCAGUUCGAGUCUCCAUGCAGCUCCGGAGGCCUUCUGACCGGGAGCUCAGCGAGCCCAUGGAGUUCCAGUACCUGCCAGACACAGACGAUCGCCACCGGAUUGAGGAGAAACGCAAAAGGACAUACGAGACCUUCCGGAGCAUCAUGAAGAAGAGCCCUUUCAAUGGACCUACCGACCCCCAGCCUCCACCCCGGCGUAUUGCUGUGCCUUCCCGAAGCUCAUCUUCCAUCCCCAAACCAGCCUCCCAGCCCUAUACCUUUCCAACAUCCCUCAGCACCAUCAACUUUGAUGAGUUUCCCCCCAUGGUGUUACCUUCUGGGAAGAUCUCAAACCAGGCCGUGACACCAUCCUCUGCCCCAGUCCUGACCCAGACAUUGGUCCCCCCCUCAGCCAUGGCACCAGCUCUGGCCCAUACCCCAGUUCCUGUGUCAGUUGUAGCCCCAUGCGCUCCCCAAGCCAUGGCCCCACCUAUCCCAAAGACCACCCAGGCCGGGGAAGGCACACUGUCGGAAGCACUGCUGCACCUACAGUUCGAUGCUGAUGAAGACCUGGGGGCCUUGCUCGGCAACAGCGCAGACACAGGCGUGUUCACGGACCUGGCAUCUGUCGACAACUCAGAAUUUCAGCAGCUGCUGAAUCAGGGUGUAUCCAUGUCCCACCCCACAGCUGAGCCCAUGCUGAUGGAGUACCCCGAGGCUAUAACUCGCCUGAUGACAGGUUCCCAGAGGCCCCCUGACCCAGCACCUACAUCCCUGGGGACCUCGGGACUCCCCAAUGGCCUCUCAGGGGAUGAAGACUUCUCCUCCAUUGCGGAUAUGGACUUCUCUGCUCUUCUGAGUCAAAUCAGCUCCUAAGCAGCUGACAUUGGCCCUGCCCAGAGCACCAGGUUGCAGGGGUUAAAGCCCUCCCAAAACACUUAAGGGUUCUGGGGAGUGUGCUCCAACUGACCCUGACUUCUCUGGGUGAUGUUUUCUGGGGGUGGCACAUUUUACUCUUUCAUUCUCUCUCUCUCUCUCUCUCUCUCUCUCUCUCUCUCUCUCUCUCAUCUCUGUCUCUCUCUCUCUGGAGGUGCUUAAGCAGAAGCAUUAACUUCUCUGGAAAUGGAGCUGGGAGGACUUGCACUGUGUUGAUGGUCAGCUCCCUUCCCUCGGAAACCCUGGGGUCCUGUGUCACACGCUCCAGUUCUAGCACUCUAGAAGAGGCAGGCUGGAGCUGUGGCCUUAAGGCCACAAAGCCUUAUUAUCAAGUGUCUUCCUCAACAUGGACUCUUGGACACCUUGAUCCAAAACAACGCUCCCACCAGCAGCUCCUACGUGGUGCUGCCAGACACCAGCGCUUGAGGGGCCAUUUUCCUGCCCUGCCAACUCUUCCAGUGCUGAGGGGAGCUGGUGGCACGGGACAGCACUGGCCUUCAGGAUCCUGAGGGAGUUUGGUCUGAGACAUCCCUGCUCCCCUGUUCUCAAGUGCCUUAAUAGCAGGGCAAAUUGGAUAAUCGGGGUGGGCAGCUGGAAGUUCUCCAGCAGAGUUUUUACUGAGGAUUAAAGCAAUUGGACUCUUGCUUUCUAACUGAACUAAUAAAUGUGUUACCAUGCUGGCUAGCAA